UUUUUCUACCGCGCAUGCGUUGAUGAGAUGUGAUCCGGCGUCCGGUAGGCGGUGCUGUAGGCUACUAGUGUUGGUGACGUUCCUCAGUUACAUGUGACAUUGAGGGACCAGAAGAGGCAGCAACCAUGAGACUGACGGCGCUCCUGGCAGUAGCAGCCCGGGUCGUCGUACCCAAAGAUUACCGCUACGGUACGAACAGACCUUGGACGGUGGCUGCCAAGAGGCUCAAUCCUCCGGGCAAGAGGAGGAAGAAGGUGCACGUAGAGCCUAUAGCUAACGAAGACUGGUCUGUGUUCCGUGGCGACACCGUUGAGAUUCUGGCUGGGAAGGACAAAGGCAAACAGGGGAGAGUGAUCCAAGUCCUCCGAAAAAGAAAUUGGGUCAUACUGGAGGCUCUGAAUACACAUUACAGAUACAUUGGAAAAACUGGAGAUUACAGAGGGUCCUACAUCGCCAGUGAGGCUCCAAUUCUACUGCGGGAUAUCGCCCUUGUUGACCCCUUUGACAGGAAGCCUUCUGAUGUGGAAUGGCGGUUCACCGAGGAGGGAGAACGAGUCAGAGUCUCACUCCGGACCGGUCGCAUCAUCCCCAAGCCCAUCCCGGAGCGGCGAGACGGCAUCGUGCCACAACAGUGGAAAGAUGGUCCAAAAGAUACCAGCCCAGAAGAAACUCUUGAAAAGACCUACACACCAUCACUGAAGACCCUGGAGGAAGAGGUGAUGGAGAAGAUGGGCAUCCAGGAGAACAGAAGGCACCGGUCAUCUUACUGGUACUGAGUGCAGAGACUCUUGUUCCCCCCCCCCC